GACCCGCCCACCUGCGUCACGUUACGUCACGCACAUCCGCUAGCCGCGGCCUGAAGGAAUGGCUGCUCUGUGCAAGUUGGCUUGGUACUGACUGGCAACUCAUCCAACCAAUGACGGUGGAGGUCUCGGCGCGCUUAGAAUCCUUACCUAUCUCAGAAUAAAUACAGCACGUUAAAAAAGAUGACAACUUCCUGGAGUGAUCGAUUACAGAAUGCAGCAGAGAUGCCAGCCAACAUGGACAGGCAUGCACUGAAAAAGUAUCGGAGAGAAGCCUAUCACCGAUUUCUUUUUACUUCUUAUAGGGUGUUUGUGAACCGGAGUUUAGCCAUGGAAAAGAUAAAGUGUUUUGGUUUUGAUAUGGACUACACACUUGCUGUGUAUAAAUCCCCGGAGUAUGAAUCUCUUGGUUUUGACCUGACCGUUGAAAGAUUAGUUUCCAUUGGAUACCCUCAGGAGCUGCUCAGUUUUGUCUAUGAUUCUACAUUCCCAACCAGAGGACUGGUCUUUGACACACUAUAUGGGAACUUGCUGAAAGUUGAUGCCUAUGGAAACCUCCUGGUAUGUGCACAUGGAUUUAACUUCAUAAGGGGACCUGAAACUCGAGAACAGUAUCCAAAUAAAUUCAUCCAGCGAGAUGACACAGAACGAUUUUACAUUCUGAAUACACUGUUCAACCUCCCAGAGACCUACCUGUUGGCCUGCCUAGUAGAUUUUUUUACUAAUUGUGCCAGAUACUCCAGCUGCGAGACCGGAUUUAAAGAUGGAGAUCUCUUUAUGUCCUUCCGGAGUAUGUUUCAGGAUGUGAGAGAUGCCGUUGAUUGGGUUCAUUAUAAGGGUUCCCUCAAGGAAAAGACAGUUGAAAAUCUAGAGAAGUACGUGGUCAAAGAUGGAAAGCUACCUUUGCUUCUGAGCCGAAUGAAGGAAGUAGGAAAAGUAUUUCUCGCUACCAACAGUGACUAUAAAUAUACAGAUAAAAUUAUGACUUAUUUGUUUGAUUUCCCGCAUGGCCCUAAGCCAGGAAGUUCACACCGACCAUGGCAGUCCUAUUUUGAUUUAAUCCUUGUGGAUGCACGGAAACCUCUGUUCUUUGGAGAAGGCACAGUUUUGAGGCAGGUGGACACUAAAACUGGAAAGCUAAAAAUUGGUACCUAUACAGGGCCCCUCCAGCAUGGAAUUGUCUAUUCAGGAGGUUCAUCUGAUACAAUCUGUGACCUACUGGGGGCCAAGGGCAAGGAUAUUCUGUAUAUUGGAGACCACAUUUUUGGGGAUAUCUUGAAAUCAAAGAAACGACAAGGGUGGCGGACUUUCCUCGUGAUUCCCGAAUUGGCACAGGAAUUGCAUGUCUGGACUGACAAAAGUUCACUCUUUGAGGAGCUGCAGAGCUUGGAUAUAUUUUUGGCAGAACUGUACAAGCACCUGGACAGCAGCAGUAACGAGCGCCCAGACAUCAGCUCCAUUCAGAGACGAAUUAAGAAAGUAACUCACGACAUGGACAUGUGCUAUGGGAUGAUGGGAAGUCUUUUCCGUAGCGGCUCAAGGCAGACGCUCUUUGCCAGCCAAGUGAUGCGUUACGCAGACCUCUAUGCUGCUUCUUUUAUCAACCUCCUGUAUUAUCCAUUCAGCUACCUCUUCAGAGCUGCUCAUGUCCUGAUGCCUCAUGAAUCAACAGUGGAGCACAUCCAUGUGGACAUCAACGAGAUGGAAUCCCCCCUCGCUACGCGUAACCGUACGUCUGUGGAUUUUAAAGACACCGACUAUAAACGGCACCAGUUGACACGCUCUAUCAGUGAGAUCAAGCCUCCCAACCUCUUCCCGCUGGCCCCCCAGGAAAUUACACACUGCCAUGAUGAAGAUGAUGAUGAAGAAGAGGAGGAGGAAGAGGAAUAAGAAAAAAGGAAUGGAGAAAACUAUAAAAUAUCCACUAAAUAAGCUCUUUCAGGGCUCGGCAGAAGGGGGGAUAGUUCCCUGUUUAGGUUCUUGGUGGGGUUGGGGUGGGGGGGGGACUCCACCAAAGGUACAUCUGGAAAGUUUCUGAAGACUUAAAAAUAUUCUAAUCAUAGUGAGCCUUGUUUUAGUUUUCUGUAUCUGCGCUCUUUGCAGAUGGUUCAAAAUUCCAGUGGAGUCUGUUUGAAAAAACUGAGAGUGAAGUGCAUGCUGGUGGCUCCCUCCUGUUGCUGGCUAUGACGCUGCCCCCUUGGCCCUUCCAUUAAUGAUGUAUUCCAUUGGUUCCUCUAAAUAACUGGACAGCAGUGGAGGUUUUGGGGACAUAGAGCCAGACCAGGAUGGGGCAGACAGUCUGAAAAUGCUGUUACUCCAAACCCGUGUUUUUUAGUGCAUUACUCAGUAUUGUAUAUCAGUGGGGAAGUGUAUUUUUUUCCAAUACCAAAUUUAGUCAUCUGCGAAGCACAAGUUUCCCUUUCUAAGCUUCUCAGUGAUUGCUCUAUUCAGCCUACUGCUCUGACGUCAGUAGCUUAGAAAGCCUCUUGUCUGUGUUUUAGGUUUGGUUUGGUAAUGCUUCCUAAUUUCCACCUCCUGACAAGGGCUGCAUGUGCUCUGUUGGGCUUCCUAGAGCGCAGGUGGUCGGCACGUUCCCAUUUUCACCCUGACAGCACAGAAGCCUAGUCUUUCUCCAAAGAUGUCCUACAGAUUCAGUCUGAAAACCCCUGGCCCAGCCCAAAGACUUGGACAAAGCAACAACCCCUAGAAAUGGGCAGGGAGGAUCCCUCUUCUGUCCCAGCGUGUGAAAUCAAUGAGGAUUGCGGUAGAUGUAGCCCAGCCCCGCCCAUCUCUGCCAAAGCAGCGGCACAGGCUGGGAAAUGUGGCCCGUCAGCCAUUGCUUUGUGAAGCCCAGGGCGCAAUCAGUGUAGAUAGACGUACCCCAGGAAUCCAAAAUGAAACCUGAUUUUUAGAACAAGCGUAAAUCGCCACUCACUGUAUCCUAAGGGUCCACCUCCACAGCCACUCGCUGGCCCCUUCAGGUACAGGGGCCUUGUUAUUGAUGCCAUUGUUUUUAAUAAAGGGGGUAGAGAGUCUGCUUUUUGUUUUCAUCUUUUCUGCAUUUAUUUUUCUUCCAAUCUUACUGUCAGUGGUCAACGGGAGGGUAAUGGGGUUAGCAUCUCUAGAAUUCAAUAAAAUGUAAUGUUUCUAAUAA